UAGACAGCAAUGCUGAACCGUAUGUACAAGAAACAGAAGAGUUACCUACAACAGCUCAACUUGCACAAACAAUUGCAGAAUAUAUAACAGACCAAGUUGAAAAAGCAACCAACACAAGCUGGGAGAACACAUCAAACAUAAUUACUGAUCCAAGGGUUAAAAGCAUACAAAUUGGACAGCUUUAUAAAGACAAAGACACAAUGAAACUCGCCAUAAGCCUUUAUGCCAUAAAAAUGAAUCAACAAUACAAGGUAAAAAGGUCAUCAUCCAAGGACUACAGCCUAAUAUGUGUUGACAGUAACUGCAAAUGGUACUUCCCAGCAUCAAAACAUGGCAAAACCGACAUGUUUAAGGUCAGAAAACUCAAUGACACUCAUACAUGCUCCCUAGAAAUCAUUUAUGAAGACCAUCCUCAGGCAACAAGUGACAUAAUUGCUGAUUGCAUCAAACGAAGGAUCAUAAACCCCAAAAGAAACUACAAACCAAAUGACAUUGUUGAAGACAUAGCAGAAGAUUAUAGUAUCUCCAUCUCCUACCACAAAGCAUGGAGAGCAAAAGAAAAAGCUACUUUCGACGUUAAAGGUAGCCCAUAUGAUUCAUACAAUGAAAUCCCUGGCUUCCUAUACAUGAUUCAAAAAUGCAACCCAGGAACAAUAACAGAUCUUGUACAAGAUGAUGAGGGGAGAUUCAAAUACUGUUUCUUUGCAUUAGCAUCUUCUAUCAAAGGCUGGAAUCACUGCACACCAAUAAUAGUUGUGGAUGCAACUUUUUUGAAAAAUGCAUAUGGAGGUACUCUUAUAGUUGCUAAUGCACAAGAUGCUGACAGACAUAUAUUUCCACUAGCUUUUGCAAUAGUCGAUUCAGAAAAUGAUGCGUCAUGGCAAUACUUCAUGGAUAAACUCAAACAAACAUAUGGGGAACGGGAAGAGCAAUGCAUAAUUUCAGAUAGACAUGAAAGUAUCGCCAAAUCAGUGAAAAUGAUAUUUCCCAACUUGAUGCAUGGGGUAUGUUGCUUCCAUCUAUUCCAAAAUAUAAAAUCAAGAUUUAGAAAAGGAGGAGAUGAGCUGAGAGAUGCAUUCUAUUGUGCAGCAAAAGCAUAUAAUCUUGCUAAUUUUGAAGGAUUCAUGAAAGAAAUAGACACCAUAGACAACCGAAUUCGUCCUUACUUGACAAAUGAAGUUGGCCUCAAUAAAUGGACAAGGGUUUAUAGCACAAACAAGCGUUACUCAACAAUGACCUCAAUUAUAUCAGAAUCCGUGAAUUCAGCCUUGAAAGAAGUAAGAGAGUUACCCAUUGGCACACUACUAGAAUGUCUACGCUGCUUGGUUCAAAGAUGGAGUUGGACAAACAAAAAUAGAGCUCUUGCUACACUCACAACACUAGCAAAAGGACCAGAAAUGGAACUCAAAGACAAAUUAGAUCGCAGUAAAAAAUUGCAGGUUGAAACAUCAAACCAUGCCAUAUAUACAGUCAAUGAGUUAAAAAGUUCGUACAUAGUAGACAUUCAAAAAAAGACAUGCACAUGUCAAAGAUUCCAAUAUGACGAAAUGCCAUGUUCUCAUGCAAUGGCAGUAAUAUCAAAAAGACACUUCAAAUGCUACAAUUUCUGCUCUUAUUUCUACACAAAACAAGCCUUCCUUGCAACAUACGAAGAAACUGUGUUUCCAAUAGGUGACCGAGACUCAUGGGAGUUACCUGAUCAUAUUAGACAAAUUGAAGUACUGCCACCAAAGCACAAAAGACCAGCAGGAAGGCCAAGAAAACAACGGUAUAAGACCGCAAUGGAGAAAGCAACACAGAAUCAAUGCACACAAUGCUUGAAAAGAGGACACAACCGAAGGACUUGCAAGAAUGAGCCAUUGGAACCAUCCGCAAAGAGAAAAAGAUACUAAAU